GGGGAUGUGACAGCUCUCUGCCGUGUGUGGAAGCGUGGAUCGGGUGGGCAUCACCUGGAUCUCCGGUGUGUUCAGCCCCCCGGGCUGUGCCAGUGCCUGCAUCCUGCUGCCCAGUCUUACAGACCCUGCAUCCUCCUCACCUGCCCCCUCCUGGCAUCUCCCCUGCACUGGGCAGGAGGGGCAGCUGUCAAUCAUUGCACCAUCCUCUCCUGCCCCCCUCGUUUCUGUCUCCGUUGCAUGUCCCUCCUUCCCCUCCCGGACCUCCCCACUCUCUCCCUGUAUCCCUGGAGUGGGGGGCUGCUCUGCAGGUAGAGCUCACCCCCCCGCACAGCGCAGCGCCCCGCACAACAGCCCCGCACAACAGCCCCGCUGCGGGUAUAUGGAGAGGAGCUCCCUGCUGCGCCUCAUCCAGGGGCAGCUUGACCCAGAUAACACGGGUUUUGUAUGUGCGGACACCUUUGCCGCCCUGGUAAACAACCAUGAGCUGCCCCUGGACCCCGCCAAGCUGGAGAUGUUAUUUGCCCUUUCACAGGGUAAUGAAGAGGGGCAGAUCUGUUACCUUCAGCUUGUGGACCUGAUAAGCAGCAAGAGGUCCAGCAGUUUCCGCAGAGCCAUCAGCAGCGGCCAGAGAGCUCUCCCCCGCGACGUGCUGCUGGACCAGGCCGGGCUGGGCGUCUAUAAAAGAUUUGUACGCUAUGUGGCUUAUGAGAUCCUGCCGGGCGAGAUGGAGAGGCGGUGGUACUUCUACCAGCAUCGGCCAUGUCCACCACCUAUAUUCAUGGCAGCCGUGACUCUGACACAGAUCAUCGCAUUCCUGUGUUAUGGAGUCAAACUGAACAAGUGGGUAUUACAGACCUACCACCCCGAGUACAUGAAGAGCCCCCUUGUGUACCACCCGGGACAUCGGGCAAAAGCUUGGCGCUUCCUAACCUAUAUGUUCAUGCAUGUUGGUUUGGAGCAGCUCGGUUUUAACACCCUCCUGCAGCUAAUGAUUGGCGUCCCCUUAGAGAUGGUGCACGGGGUGCUGAGGAUAAGCUUCCUGUAUCUGGCCGGGGUGCUGGCAGGAUCCCUUGCUGUAUCAGUCACAGACAUGAGGGCGCCCUUAGUUGGCGGUUCGGGUGGUGUGUAUGCGCUGUGUUCUGCCCACCUCGCUAAUGUUGUUAUGAACUGGGCCGGGAUGCGCUGCCCGUACAAGGUCCUCCGAAUGGUUCUUGCCUUGGUUUGCAUGAGCUCGGAGGUGGGCCGCGCGGUUUGGCUUCGUUUUUCCCCUCCUUUACCAGCAGCCGGCCCCCAGCCCAGUUUCAUGGCGCACCUGGCGGGCGCAGCGGUCGGGGUCAGCAUGGGGUUGACCAUCUUGCGCAGUUACGAGGAGAACCUCCAGGACCAGUGCGGCUGGUGGGUGAUCCUGCUUUGCUACGCCACCUUCUUGGCCUUUGCUAUUUUCUGGAAUGUGUUUGCUUACGACCUGCUCGGGGUCCAGAUCCCGCAUCCUCCGUGACCUUCGAACUUGUACGCCUCACACCCUCGAAGGACUUAUUCUGGUGCUGAUUUCGGGGGGGAAAAAAAAACAAAAAAACUGCUUGUCGACCAGUGGCCAAAGCCUCCUCCGGCGAGACGGAGAUGGACGAGAGGAGGGCAGGAGGACGGGUGAGAAGCGCGACCUUCUUGCCUCUGUCCCCUACAGCAGAGUGAUGUGAUGAUGUUUGCUAUGUUUAUGUGGUCAGGUGAUUUAUUUAUUUAUUUUAAUAAUCCGAAUUGUUUUUUUUCUCGCUGCAGCAGGUGGGUUAUCAUCCGGCGGGGAGACCCCCAAAAUAUUCAUCUCCUCCUAUGAACUGCAGGGUGACUUCUACACUGUGAUAUCAUAGCCGCAUAGGUAGCACAGACUGACGGCAACUCACCUAAGAUGGUGGUCGCUGUUACUAUUGAUGCUAUCGCACUGCCCACUAGUGGCGGAUGGCAGUAGUGCAGGUAGAUCUAGGUUACUAGACAUUAAAGGGGGGCAUUAAGACUGGCGCCUUAUACGCUGGUCUUAACCGGUCCCCAGCUUGGGUCGGAUGCUCCACCGGUAAUAACUGCGGCGCAUCUAUGCGCAAGAACUGAACUCUACGCCAGCAAGGGAGCAGUGUACGUUUCAGGUAUUCUCUAUACCAGCAAAAUGUGCCAGGCUCCGAACCGCACACACUCACCCACUGUUUGGAAAAGUGGCAAAAUCCUCCCAAAUAGGGGAUGAUAAAUGCGCCCGCUUUGAGUUUGCCGCCCCUAUAAAGGGGCCGUCGAGGAUUAGAAAAGCAUGGCUGCUUUCUUACAAAAAC